UCCAGCCUUGGGCUCCAUCCCUUUGUCCCUGGGGAUAGGAUGGGAGGGUGGAGGUGAAGCCCCCCAGGGCACAGCUCCAGGGCUGCCCCGUGCAGGCGGGUGACCCAGGGCCCUGUGACGGCGUGAAAUUGCUCCUCCUGGAAUGGGCUUGGGAUUGGGGGGGGGAUGAAAUUCCCCUCCCACCCUUCCAGCCCAUAAACCCGGCGGCUCCCGGUGCAACCACAGCAGCCGGGACCAUGGCACCGCUGCGGCUCUGGCUCAGCGUCCUGGCCGGGCUCCUGGGGACCGGGGCACAGGAAGACCUGUACCGCAAGGUGUUUGUGUUCCGGAACGACCCCAGCGAUGCCUACGUGGUGCUGCAGGUGAAGCCAGAGCAGCCGCUGCUCAACUUCACCGUGUGCCUACGCUCCUACACCGACCUCACGCGGCCCCACAGCCUCUUCUCCUACGCCACCAAGGCGCAGGACAACGAGAUCCUCCUCUUCAAGCCCAAACCGGGCGAGUACCGCUUCUACGUCGGCGGCAAGUUCGUCACCUUCCGCAUCCCCGAGAGCCGCGGCGACUGGGAGCACGUCUGCGCCGGCUGGGAAUCGGGCACCGGCAUGGCCGAGUUCUGGCUGGAUGGGAAGCCCUGGCCACGCAAGGGGCUCCAGCGGGGCUACGCGGUGGGGCCGGAGGCGGUCGUGCUGCUGGGGCAGGAGCAGGAUGCCUUCGGGGGGGGGUUUGAUGUCUACAACUCCUUCUCGGGCGAGCUGGCCGAUGUGUACCUGUGGGACACGGUGCUGAGCCCCGACAGGAUGCGGGCGGCCUUCCAGUCCCUGCGCCUGCCGCCGGCGCUGCUGGCCUGGAGCAGCCUCAGCUACAGCAUCAAGGGGGAUGUGGUGGUGAAGCCGCGGCUCCGGGCGGCGCUGGGGGCCUGAGGCGCUGGGAUGGAGCGGUCCCAAACCCCCCUGUGUCCCGGUCCCAGCACCCCCUCGCCUCUGCAACCACCGGGAGGGAGCAUCUGCGUGGUACAGCCAUGGAGAUCCGGGUGGGAUGGAGAUGGGAGCUCUGUUGGGAAGGAGGUGGGAGCUCUGUUGGGAUGGAGA